AUGCACCCACAAUUAGAUAAAAAUAGAUUUGAUACUUGUGAAAAAUUAAUGGAUGCUUUAGAAGAAUGUCAUAGACAAGAAUUUAUAAAACAAUGUUUGGGAUUAUGUAAUUUUGAAAAAGAACAACUUUCAAAAUGUUUACAUUAUACAAGAAUAAAUGAUUCAAAAGAUAGAAUAAUGAAAAGUAGAGAAAAAGCUAAGAAAUUAGAAAUGAGAAAAAGAUUAAAUGAAGAAGAAAUAUAUGGAAAGAAUAAUUAUUUAAAAAAAGUCAUUGAAAUUGAAAAUGAAAAUUCAAAAGAGAAGAAGAAGUAA